AUGUACUGCCUACUCGUGACACUUUUCGUCGUUAUUUUUGCAGUGUACAAACUCUUCGAACACCAGAGAGGUAAAACAAUGAUAGAAAACACUAACAAUCGUCACGUCUUGAUCACGGGCUGUGAUUCUGGAUUUGGAAAUGAGUUAGCACGACUCCUGGAUAAACGGGGCGUUCCUGUGUUCGCGGCCUGCCUCAAAGAGAAAGGUGCAGCGGAACUGAAGAAACAUACAUCGUCCCGACUUCGUGUUCUACAGCUAGACGUCACCGAUCAAAACAGCAUUCAUGAUAGUGUGGAAUUUGUCAAACGUCAUUUGCCAAAAUGUUCAGGUUUAUGGGGGCUCGUCAACAAUGCUGGUCUCCAGAUUUUAGAAGCACCUCUGGAGUUUCAUUCGAGUGAAGCAAUACAGAAAUGUAUAUCUGUCAACUUGUUGGGCUCCAUAGAUGUAACAAAGUCCUUUUUGCCUCUCCUGAGGAAAACCAGAGGAAGGCUUGUAUUCGUAUCCAGUGACAGUGCAAUAAUAGAGUGGCCAUGCCGGGCACCCUACGUCAUUAGUAAAGUCGGGUUAGAAGCUAUCGCCGAAUGUUUAAGACGGGAAUUGUAUCAUGUGGGUGUGACGUCACAUACAAUCCAGCCAGGGUCAUUUAAAACAAAAAUUGUAGACCCCAACGAGAUGAAAUCUACGCUUCAGAGGGCAUUUGACAAUGUAGACGAAGAGGUGCAACAAUACUAUGGACAGCAAUGGUUAAGCAAAUUAAAAGAGUCUUUCUCCGAAAUACCCGGAAUUCAAUACGAAGACCUUUCCCCUGUGACAAACGCCAUGUACCACGCACUAUUUUCUGUGAUGCCAAAGAGGCGAUACAGGUGUGGUAUGGAUUGUGAGUACUAUUAUUAUCCAGUUUCCCUCCUGCCGGAAUGGUUCAACACAUGGUACUGGAAAAUGUCACCACCACCGGAUUCAGUCACACGUGUGGAUAAUCAAGUUAUCAAGAAUCAUUAAUAAAACAAGAAACACCUAGAAAA